CCCCGUUCUUCCUCCAAAAAACAAUAAAACAUGGAAAAAUUUUAGAAGAUAAAAUUUGUAAAACUGUUUGAAAUAUGGCCAAAACAUCGAAACGAAAAGCUAAAAUGAAUGAAAAGAACAAGGAGAAGAGCAGGGGAAGCAGUACUAAUCCAGGUUUGUGUUUAUUUUGUCCGGGGAAUUUGUAAAAAGCGAGUAAAAUAUGUUAUUUUUUAUCAAAUUUGACACGUGCGUUUGGGUGUCGUUGGAAAAGAUGUAGCAAUUAAUAGAAGUGAGAUAUUCGGAGCUCAUUGUUAUAAAGUUGAAAAUGAAUUAUUAUGUGCAAGGUGACAACCCCAUUUGGCCCUUGACCACAAACUUAUUCUGGAUUGCCCCCCCCCCCCCCUGUCCCCCUCGACCCUACCCACCUCACCCCACCCCCUACCCCAGUCAAAGUCCUGUUAUAUAGAAAUGUCAGUAUUCAUCUAAUUUAUUCAGUCAUUUGUAAUCCCUCGUUCACUGAAUGGGUCAUUCCAGAAAAUAUGGUAAAAUUCAAUGGAUCAUCUCAGCUAUAGGCGAAAUUUUGAUCUUGACAAGAAAAACGAAACCAUUACCAUGGCUGGGACGAGCAUCUUAAAAUGAGUAAAAUUGCAAAGUUUGGUUGCGAAUUGUUGUAAAAUGAAGAAAAUAUAGCCCUGUGAAGUUCGCAAAUUUUGUGUAUAUUUGCAUUACGCGCGGGAAAGAUAACCAUUUUUUACCGCGCGUAAUAAAAAUAUAUACAAAAUUUGCGAACUUCACAGGGCUAUAUUUUCCUCAUUUUACAACAUUUAGCAACCAAUCUUUAAUGCACAGUUUUACUCAUUCUAAGACGCUCUUUCUAGCUGUGGUGUUGGAUUUCAUUCUUCUUGCCUUGAUCAAUACUUAGUCUAUGGCUGGAAUAACUCAUUAUUUCCAACAGAUACUCACAGCAAGAAAGACGGCGGGCAGAAUGCAAGAUCAAAGAACAUAGUUUCAAGAUUAAAUAUGUAUCGCGAUGAAGGAAAACCAACUAGGAACAGACAUGGCAAAAUUGUGAAAGCCGCUGCAUUUCAAUCGAGAGCUACUCCGGGCGAAGUGGCUCGUGUCGAGCCCAACAGAAAAUGGUUUGGUAAAUACGCUUUUAUCUCUUUGUGAAAACCAUUGAGAGCCAGCACUUUCUCCUUGAUGAGUACAACCAUUGAGAGCCAGCACUUUCUCCUUGAUGAGUACAACCAUUGAGAGCCAGCACUUUCUCCUUGAUGAGUACAACAAGUGAGAGCCAGCACUUUCUCCUUGAUGAGUACAAUCAUCUGGCGUUAGACAGAGUAAAAGAAUAAAAAUACCUGACAUUAAUGGAUGACAUUAUAUUCAUAUUAAUGAGCUUACAUUUUUUUAUAUUUUUUGUUGAUACACUAGGUAAUACCCGUGUUAUUACCCAAAAUGCUUUGCAAACAUUCCAAACUGAAAUGGGAAGAGUUAUGAAAGAUCCAUAUAAGGUAGGAUCAUCUUGUCUCUUUAUUGCUUGCGGCAAGAAAUUCAACUUGUCAACUUCCGUCUAUAUUGCCCAUGGACGGCGCAGGUGGCUGAUGCAGUUAGUAAUCUGGCGGCUGAGUUAACCCAUUAUAACGACACGCUCGUCGGGCAAAAAAUAUGUAAUUCAGAAAAGAAAUACGAAAAUAUUACUGAAAAAUUAUACAAAUUUCGGUAAGUUAGUGAAAAAUGGUAUGUCCAAAAAUUAUUUUCUCUGCCCCUCUGCCAACAAUUUUGGGAAAAGCAAUAUCAAUUAUAUUGUCUGAUAUGUCUGUCUUUGCCACACCCUUUUGGUUGGGCAAAACAAGCUCACACCUCCCCAGCCAUAUUAUCCAAGUUGCGGCCCUGGUCAAAACUCAGUUUUCAAAUACCAAAACUCAGUUUUCAAAACCAGAACUCCCUUUUCAAAUGCCAGAACUCCUUUUCAAAUGCCAAAACUCCAUUUUCAAAUGCCAGAACUCCCUUUUCAAAUGCCAAAACUCAGUUUUCAAAUGUAUCAAUUAUAUUGUCUGAUAUGUCUGUCUUUGCCACACCCUUUUGGUUGGGCAAAACAAGCUCACACCUCCCCAGCCAUAUUAUCCAAGUUGCGGCCCUGGUCAAAACUCAGUUUUCAAAUACCAAAACUCAGUUCUCAAAUGCAAGAAUUCCUUUUUCAAAUGCCAAAACUCUUUUUGUUAUAACAGAUGAUAAUGAAGCAGAGCAAAUUGCCGCUAUCUCUACUCCAUGAUAAAACCAAGGUAUGGUAUAAAUAUCUUCAUUAUCAGUCAAGCUAUACAUUUUAUAAUUAUCAUACACUGUACUGUAAAUCCAGGGAUGGCUUUGAUCGCUUCUUUUUUAGACAUCAAGAGUGCAUUUACUGGAUACAGAAAGCUUUAGUACGACAUUUGGUCCCAAAGCACAAAGGAAACGACCAGCGAUAAUUGCGGCUGACUUGGAGGUACUUUAAUAGCAGAAUUUGAAAUUGCCAAGUGAAUCUUUAAAGUUUCAUUUCUGAAAUAAUCUUGUGCUUUUUAGGCUCUAGUCACUCAUGUCCAGGAUUCUGCAGGUAAUAACCACUUAGCUCCGUGUAUAUCUGGAGCAAGAGACAAACUAAAAUUUGUAAACUAGAUUAAAUUGGUAUUAAGGUGGCUCUUUCAUAUUUAGGUAGCUAUGACUCAAAUAAGGAUCAAGAUCUUACUAAAAAUGAACCAGACUCAAAGUAAGUUAAUCUACAGUAUACAGCCAAUUCAAAAAAGGUUGUCCUUUGCAAACCUUAAACUCUAAGUAUACAAAGCUUAAUGGGAGCACAAGUUUCAAGCUUAAUUGCAGCUAUUGGUGAAUACAUGAUUGUUCUUGUAAGGGGAUAUUUACCAUGUCUCUAAGAAAUGGGCCCCAUAUAUGAUUAAAUGAUGCUCCCAUUAUGCUUUGCACACUUAGAGUUUAAGGCUUACAUCUAGGGAUGAGCCGAUUAAUCGGUAAAUAAUCGGCAAAGCCGAUUAAUCGGCCGUUUUCUAAAGAAUCGGUAAUCGGCCGAUUAUUGCCUGAUAAUCGGCCAUAAGACUUUUUCUGCAGCUGCCAAUCACAUGCUAAAAUACUGAAUACAAGCGAAUAGAUUUUCACAUUUUGUUGCAAAACCUGUGUCUUUUGUCUCAAACGAAGUGAAGCAGGGAACAUUUCCACUAAAAAAACGCAGCAGACUAGCUCCGCAUAGCUGACAAUGUCUUGUUUUUACACCAUAAUCUGCCAAAACUAAACUUUGACUACUGACAUGCGAGACUGAAGCUGUUUUUAAUUGUACAAAGUGUGUAUUGUAAACAAUAAAACCGCAUUUACAACUUUAUUGUUGGUCAUCUUGUGAUUUUUCGCUUGCUUUUUAAAAUAAUCGGUGGGUACCGAUUAAUCGGCCGAUUAGUUACAAUAAUCGGCUUAUAAAUAAUCGGCCUCAGUAAUCGGCAAUUUUCCUUAUCGGCUCAUCCCUACUUACAUCCUUCCAGAAAGCAUUUCACCAUUGGAUGGCUAUAGAGUCUUGUGAUUGAGACGUUUGUAUUUAACUGACAUGACGUGCAUCAAAACAAGGCUCUCCAGCCAAAGUGACAUACUUUCAGAUAUAUUGUGGUAAUUGUACAGUAAACCCAGUCAAUGUUUCAAAUUUUAGAUCGCUUGCAUUGGAAUCUGUCUUCAGUAAAGGACAAUCGAAAAGGAUUUGGAAUGAGUUAUACAAAGUAAAUACAUUUUAUUAAAACAACCUUAUGUUAUGUUCUUAAGAUUUGUUGUUAAUUAAUUAAACAUGAUUUAAAAUAUUGUCUGUCUUCUUGUCCAGGUUAUUGAUUCCUCAGACGUCCUACUACAGGUAGGUUUACAAGUAGAACUUCAAUGUUUCGAUCGAGUAAUUAAUAGCCCUUCGUCACUAGGUUUCCAUGGCAUUAAAAUAGAGUGCAUUAUCAAAAGGCUAAAAAGUCAGAAUGUCUGCAGUAUUAUCAUUAGGGAGCCAUCCUAAUGUUGAAAAUAAUUUGACAGAAUUAUCGUAAAAACUAGCAUCAAGUAUAAUUCACAUAUUUCCCUGUAGGUUCUAGAUGCCAGAGAUCCCCAAGGAACAAGAUGCUUACAAGUUGAAAAAUAUUUGUCAAAAGAAAAAUCACAUAAACAUCUUCUUUUUGUUUUAAAUAAAUGUGAUCUGGUCCCAACAUGGGUGACAGUAAGUCUGCAUGCUGAUUUUGUUUCAGUUGUGUGAGAGAACUGCACAGUUUGAUUCUACCAAACAGAAUGGCUGCAUACAGAAGUUUAGUUUAGGUUUCCUCCUGUAGUAAUACUAGAUCAAUAAGAGAUAUUCCUAACUGGUCAAACUGGAACUCUAGGGAGAACAGUUUAGAACUGAUAGAGCUAUUCAGUAUCAAUAAAGUUAGUUUAGUUUACAAGGUUUUUUUUCUGCUGUAGUAACACUGGAUCAAUAAGAGAUGAUCUUUACUGGUCUUCUAGGAAGAACAGUUUAGAACUGAUAGAGUCAUCCAGUAUGAAUAACGUUAGUGUAGGUUUCCUUCUGUAGUGACACUGGAUGAUUAUUUUCAUUGUGUAGCAACAUUGGGUGACCAUCCUUUCUUCAGAGUAUCCAACACUCGCUUUCCACGCUAGUCUGACAAACCCUUUUGGAAAAGGAGCCUUGAUCAACAUGCUCCGUCAGUUCUCUAAGGUAUUAACACCACGUCUUAGAAAUGUGAAAGAUCUUAGCGUUUGAAGCCGUACAAUCUACACAUGAAAAACCAGCACUAAUGUUUUGUCAGGGUCACCACGCUUCCCUUUCAAGCUGGCAGACCCGAGUUUAAUCCUUGGUUGGACCUCUACUCGAGGUCUUACAGUGAAAAUACAAAAAGUGUCCCACUUCCGCUUCUGUAGUUUGUUGUGAUUUACUGUAAUUUGUUCUGUUUUUCUGUAGCGAUUACCGAUUUAUCGGUAAAUACCGCGAUAAAACUUAGUUUUUUCUAUUUUUAAAUAUGAUAAUUUGUAGCAAAGGGAAAUAAUACAUUUUUCGUGAGUUUCAUUGCAUAAAAGGAACGAAAUUUAAAUUUUAUCGCAGUAUUUGCCGAUAAAUCGGUAAUCGCUACAGAAAAACAGAACAAAUUGCAGUAAAUCACAACAAACUACAGAAGCGGAAGUGGGACACUUUUUGUAUUUUCACUGUAAAAUAAUCAUGGUUAAUACAAUAGAUGGUUUGGAAACUCAUUAGAAUAACAAUAUAACUCGUUAUCUAUGUUAGUCAAUGUUUAUUCAUAAAUCUGGUCGUUCACUGUCACGUGCUUAUUGUAUUUUUGCCCAACUAACCAAUAGCAAUGUUUUAGGAAAGUUACCUAUCCAUGACUCGAACAAUAGGGUAAAUUGAAAAUUGCUAUUGGUGGAUUUGGCAAAAAUACAAUACGCACAUGACGGUGAAGGACCAUAUUUAUGAAUAAACGUUGACUAAUAUAGAUAAUGAGUUAUAUUGUUAUUCUAAUAAAUUUCCAAACCAUCUAUUCUAUUAACUAUGAAAUAAUUGAGGAGAAAGAGCUACUUUUAUGUUGACAUCAGUAAAUGGUUAGACGUUCCCGUUAAAAUCGUAGGUACCUCGGAUCUCCUAUGAAUUAGCCAUUCCGAAGUUGAUGAGAGGACUGGGGACGAGUGUUAAAAAGUGCCCAAAUUAAGAAAUGAACCAAAUGACUAAAAAGACCACCUCAAAAUUAGUAAGUAUACAAAGUUUGAAAACGUUUACAUGAAUACCCUUCGAAUAAUAAGCUUUCGAAAAUUGUGAAAUUACUGAUUAAAAGAUUGUUUUUGAGACGCCCUCCCAAAAACAAAAAUUACAAUACAUUUCAUAGUAAAUAUCACCAUUUUCGAAAGCUUAUUAUUCGAAGGAUAUUCGUGUAAACGUCGUCAAACUUUGUAUACUUACUAAUAUUGAGGUGGUCUUUUUGGUGAUUUGGUUCAUUUCUUUAUUUGGGCACUUUUUAACGCUCGUCCUCAGUCCACUCAUCAACUUCGGAAUGGCUAAUUGGGCAAUAGCGUGUUGAGAAAUCCGCUGACCAAUGAGUGAGAAAGUCAACAAACUAUGAAACUAAACUAAUCUUAAACGUCUUUACGUAAUAUGUUUUUUUACAGCUCCACAGUGACAAAAAGAAUAUCAGGUUAGAGUUGGCAACAAUAGAAAUCUACACACUUUCCAAGAAAAUUAAUUGCAUCUUUCAUUUCAUGAUCUUUUCUUUCGAUUUUUAGCAUUGGUUGUAUUGGAUAUCCCAAUGUAGGCAAGAGUUCCAUCAUUAAUACAUUACGGUCGAAGAAAGUUUGCAAUGUCGCGCCCAUUGCUGGCGAGACCAAGGUAGGUUUGCUGCUUGUUAAAUGUCAUGUACAGUAGGUGACAACUACUGCAUUCUUGAUAUUUGUCUCUUUGUGUACUGAUGAAUAAUUCUCUUACAGGUUUGGCAAUAUGUGACACUAAUGCGAAGAAUAUAUCUGAUUGACUGUCCUGGUGUUGUUUACCCAUCAGGGGAUUCCCCAACUGACAUUGUUUUGAAAGGCGUGGUGGGUACAUGAAAUUUAGGGAUUCGUUGAGCUAUCCAGUAUAAAUAAAGUUAGUUUAGUUUAGGUUUAAAACAACGGUAACUUCGAAAAUAAACAUUUUAAUAUUCUAGCUUUCGACUUAGAUUCAGUCAUCAUCAGGAAUGAUUCCUAUGAUUCCUGAUGAUGACUGAAUCUUGGUCGAAAGCUAGUGGUUUCCGUAAUAGUUUAGGUUUCCUCCUGUAGUAACACUGGGUCAAUACGAGAUGAUCCUUACUGGACCUCUGGGAAGAACAGUUUAGAACUGAUAGAGCUAUCCAGUAUAAAUAAAGGUAGUUUAAGUUUAAUUUAGGUUUCCUCCUGUAGUAACACUGGAUCAAUACGAGAUGAUCCUUACUGGACAUCUAUGAGAAACUCUGUAUAAAUGAAUGAGCAAAAAUUAUGUUUUUCUGUUUUUUAAUUGUUAGUGAAAGUUGUUAACUACAUUUUCUCCAGGUUCGUGUUGAGAAUGUUGAGAAUCCGUCUGACUAUAUCGAAGCAGUUUUAUCCCGAGUGAAGAAAGAAUAUCUGGAGAAGACUUACAAACUUUCGUCUUGGUCGGACGCGACGGAUUUUCUGGAAAAACUUGCCGCUAAAAGUGGAAAAUUAUUAAAGGUAAUCUUGACCGAGAGCUCUAACCAACUGAGCUACAGAGUCCAGGAAGAAAAGAAACUGAGUAUCUUUUCUGUCAUUCAGGGCGGUGAAGCGGAUAUUAAUACUGUUGCCAAGAUGGUGCUGAAUGAUUUUCAGCGAGGAAAAUUGCCUUAUUUUGUCUCACCCCCAUCUCAGGUAAGUUUAUAAUAUAUUAGUGAAGGCAGUGUCAGAAAGCUUUAUUUCUAUACUCGUGAAUUUGUGAGAACAAGUUGUGUGUAGAUAAUAUGGAGGUUAAAGCUGGAGUUACACGAGCAACAAAAUUGCUGCAACUUGCAACAAAAUCUGAUUUCAACGCAUGUUAAGUAGAAAUGUCGACACAUGUUGCCUUGUGAUUUGUAAUUUAUGUGUAAACAUUUUCAAUUAACAUGCGUUGAAAUCAGAUUUUGUUGCAAGUUGCAGCAAUUUUGUUGCUCGUGUGACUCCAGCUGAAGCAAACGACGUUUUUUGUCAACAUGGAUGUCAGAUUGCCGCGGGAGGGACUGGAUUUAAACUGUGUUUGUAUCAGUUUGUGGUAAUGUUCAAUACAUAUGACAAAACAUAAGAUUUUUAAAGUUUUUUGCUUCCUUACAUGAGCACUAUGAUGCAAAAUACCGCCAAAAUUAGUUCUACCAAUUUUCGGGUGUUGACAAAAAACGUGGCUUGCUCAAGUUCCCUAAUAAUAAACCAAGACUAAUGUCUGGCUGCUAUAAAUGGUGGAGUUUUCCUAAUGUUUCCCUAAACAUUUCUCAUGUUUAAUUAGCAGGGCACGUCAGAAAAAGAUAAGAAAGAGAAGACGACGCGGAUACCAGCGUUGGAAGAAAGUUUUGUGAAAAGCUCCACUCACAGUUCUUCACUUGACAUUGCCAGCCCAGCUCAUGACAUUUCUCAUGAUCAUCAUAAUCUCAAAGAUGAUUCUGGUGACGUCACUACGAAUAGCGAUGACGUUAGAAUCAAUAUGACUGAUGACGUCACCAACAUUAAUAUCGAUGACGUAUCGGGGUCCGAAUCCUUAAUUGUGAUGGACAACGAUGACGUCACGGCAAACAAGCCUGAUGACGUCAUGAGUGACUUGUCAAACAAGACUGAUGACGUUAUGAGUGACUUCGCAAACAAGACUGAUGACGUCAUGAGUGACUUCUCAAACAAGAGUGAUGACGUCAUGAAAAAUAUUGAUGACGUCACAGAUGAUGAAAUUGAACUGGAAGAUAAGGCAGAUAACUGUAACAAUGCCCUAGCUACUGAUUCAGCUGACAGACCGACUUUCAAAGUGAAGCAAGAUUUGAGAAAGAUCAGAACUACGGUUGAAUUUGUUGUCGAAGAUGUGCGAGGUAUAGAGAGUGAUGAGGGGGACCUAAUUAAUAGUGAGGGCGAGGAAGAGAAGCGGAAUUGGAAACUAGACGAGAGUAAUGGUGACGAUGAUAAUAUCGAUAAUAGUAUCGAUGAUGAUAUCGAUAGUGAUAUUGAUGAUAAUAUUUGUAAUGAUGGAGACCACGAUGAUAAUAUUUGUGAUGAUGAUGAUGAUAUUGGUGAUUAUAUUGAUUAUAUUGAUGAUAAUGAUAGUGAGAUUGAAGUGAAUUGGAAACAAGCAUUGAAAGAUGAUGCGACAGUGGUUCCAUUUCAAAAGAAGAAACUUUCAAAAGGUCGGUGAAUGAUCUCAGUACACACACGUAGAAACGCACAAGUUGUAACAAACCUGCAGCAGACUUGUAGCAAUGCUGUUCCAACAACUUGUCAAGAGGAUGUGUUCGCACUGCUUGUUCCCAGCUUGUUGACAACUUGCUACUGUACAAGGUUGUUGAGCUCAACAGACUUGUUACAAGUUGUUCCAACAAUUUGUUGUCGUCUUGCAGUUCAACAAUUUGUCAGCAAGUUGUGAGUGACAACCUUGUAGCAACUUGAUAAAAUAGCAGCAUUGUUACAACUUGUUGACAAGCUUGCUACAAGCCUGUUGCGAACACAUCUUGUUGACAAGUUGCGAGAUUUUUCCGCGCAAUAACUAAUCUUUACUCUGUUUAAACUUGAAUUCAGGCAAAAGAAAUAAAAUCAAAGUUGUGGGCGAAUUGAAAGGAGAAGUGAUCAAAACUCCGUCCAAAGAAUUUGUCUUCAAAGAAUCAUCAGAAAUAUAUAUUGUGGAGGCUGUUGAUACGAAAAAAGGUAGGAAAUUCUAUUUCGUUUUAUGAGAAAACUCGCAACAAUAGUUGAGAGUAUCUUUUCCUUUUAAAAUGAGAUGACAUAGCAAUCAAGGUUAUGUAACGUAUGCAUGUACUGGACAUAUAUAUCGGUGUAUUUAUGAAUUAUGAUUGUAAGACUCAUCCGAUUUUGCUCUUCAUUCCAUUACCACAAAGUUUCUUUCAAAACAUUGCAUUAUUAAAGGGUACUUGACAUGGAGAUGAAUGGCGCCGUAUAACUGUUUCAAUUUUACAGAGAAAAUAUUUCUUGCAAAGUGUAGACAUUGUCAAUUGAAUUUAAUGUUCCUACGAUUAUAUACAUGUUGAAUCUCUAUGAUAUUCAUACUAUAAGUAAUUGAUAAAUAUUUUUGUGUUAAUACAUUCGGACACCUCUCUAAAAUGGACACUUACAACUAGAAUAUUCUGCAUAUAUAUGGGAUAAUACUAUUAUUAGUUUAUUUUGUUUAUUACUAUAAAUAAUUCACCAAGGUCGCCAAAUUCUUGCGUUAGCGGUAGUGUCGGUUCUUGAUGUUUCACAGCUGAUAUUUUGUCCAUUUCUCGCUGAUAACAUGUUUUCUUUUUCGGAAUUUUGAAAUUGUUCGUUCGCUUCAAUUUUACAAUUUUGACUCGGUGUUUCCACAUGUAUUUCGCUAGAAUUCCCAACUCUGGAACAAUUAUCAUAAAUUAUGUUCUCGGUACGAGCUUGAAAGGGAGUGGGACUAGGAAUUUCAUAACUUCGGGUCGGACUGUGCUCGUGUCCUUGUCGGUAGGUCGUCGUUGAGACUUCGGGAUGUGUUCGUACAGCUUUGAUAUAUCUGACUGCCAUAUCUAAGAUGUCUGCCUUCUCCAUUUUAUUAUAAAGAGAAACCUAAGGUAGAAAGAAACUUGUUUAGUAAUAGGUUUAGUUGGUUACCUCCGCCAGGGUGUUUUGCUUUCAUACACGUUGAUAUCUCAAAAACUAUCAAAUACGAUAAUAUGUGGGACUGUAUAAUGGACAUUGCACAAGGACAAAUUGAUUAAAUUUUGGUUAAACUAAGAUGAAAGUUAGAUGAGAUGAAAGUUAGAUGAAAGUUAGAUGCGCCAUUAGCCGUUGUAUAAUUUGUGCAUGAACGCCUUGAAACCGCUCUUUUCAAUACUACGGAAAUUGAUGAUUUUUUUUCAAGUGUUUGAAAUAUAUGAAGUCGAGCCGAAGUACGUAAUAUAGCGGCACGUGUCAAUGAAUAAUAUGUAGUGCAUAUAAUACCCUUGCGCAUAUACUCUUUCACUUUUUAAUCUCAUUGAAACCUCAGUUGUAUAAUGUUAAGCCGAUUGAAAUAUACGUAAAGUUAACAAUAUUCAACAAUCUUUAUUAUAUUUGCACAAAAACAUUGCAUACAUCUUAGGAUUACCGCAUCCCCCCCCCCAUGUAGAUAGAUUGCAUCAAUAAUCUUGAUCAGUUUAUGACCAGUUCAUAACUGAUAAUCACAAUCUUUUAAAAUGAUGUUUGUGGUGUUACUCUGAGUGUGCAUCCACGCCGGGCAAGCUGAAAAGUUUCCCUGACCACGGUCGGAAUCGAACCCACGACCUUUGGGAUACUAGUUCAAUACUCUACCAACUGAGCUACGCGGUCAAUGUAUUCUAAGAAAUAUCACCAACUCGAACCGACUUGACGUCGUAGCUCAGUUGGUAACUUGGCAGAGCAUUGGACUAGUUUCCCAAAGGUCGCGGGUUCCAUUCCCACCGUGGUUAGGCAAACCUUUCAGCUUGCUCGGUGUGGAUGCACACUCAGUAACAUCACAAACAUCAUAUACACAAAGUUUUAAAGUGAUGUUGUCGGUUCUAUUAGCAUUUAUCUACAUAUAUUGUAAAAAGAGAUUGGUUAAAACAACCAACACAUUGGUUAUCUCAGAUUCAAAGUGUUUGUUUUUAUAGAGUGUAUACUUAUACUUUAGCUUAUAUAAAUUCUAUUUUAAACAUAAUUUAGCUUAUAUAAAUUCUAUUUUAAACAUAAUCUAAACUAUUUAAUGUACAAUAUUGUAGAGCUUGAUUUAAAAACAUCUAUCAUUGUAUUCUAUAUUUCCAAUCCUCUUUUCAUGAAAUGACAACAAUUCUGUUUCAAUUCAUUAUUCUGACAAUCCUACAAUUAGACUCUUUGAAAACAAAAGCCCUGCAAUAUGAUUAUCCUUCAAACGCUGAACAAACAACGCGUAAUAACUCGUGUAAUCUGUACACAGGAACCAACUGGUAAUUUUCACUGAAGCGUUUUCUUCAACAGGAAAUUGACCAGUGGGUGUAUUGCGUUAUUUCCGCUUGUUUAAAAACUUUGGUGGGAAAAUUUGAGCUUUGAGGUGUGGCCCUACUUACACAAGGCGAAAUAGACCGUGCAUUUCAAGGUUUAGCCCAGAAUAAGGUUCUGCAACAGCUUUGUGUGUUAGAUCUAGUGGAAUUAGGUUUUAUAUUGAAUGGGGUAACCACGAGCGUAUAAAACAUACUCAAUGUGAUAUUGAACUGAUUAAAUAUGUGAAGUGUCCCUACAGCGUGUUUAUCCGUUAACUUGUCUAUGGCGGCGGCAAGUUUGAAUAUUUGAAUUGCGAAAGCCGUUGCUUGCUUUAAGCUCAGAUAUGAAGUGAGGAUGUAUUUUUUUGGCUGGUUAGAGGGAUUUUGUGCAUGCCGUUCUUUGAUUGUGUUCCUUCUUCCUAGGGGGCUCGUUAAUGUGAAGUUUUGACAUCGCCUGGAUUCUGCCUGCUCAGUGAACCCUUUGCUAAACACGGCGGUGUAAUAUAUUUGAGAUGUCGGGGAUUACAAUGUGGUUUCAUACCUCUUUGUUGAGUGCAGAUAACACCAAACGCUUUAGCUCUUCUAAAUAAUUGUUUAUCUUUCGUCGUCGAACUCUUUCCAUCAGAGGCUUCUUGUUUUUCUGUGUAGAGAAUUACCCGGAGUUAUCUCGAGGUCUAACGAACAUUAGGAAACUGCUAACUCUAUAUAUUAACACAUGCUCCAGUAGGGUACUAUGGCUGAAUAUUAACCCGCUCCCUUAAUUAUUAACGUUGAAGGAAACGCCAUUAGGUUAUUUAUUGCUGUAACGAUUACUGAGCAAAUCAUGCUGAAUCAUUUUUGAAUAUUUAAUUAGCUCAUGAAAUGUUAGUCGAGCAGCUGUCAUGCUAAGCAUGCAGAUACGAACUUCUAUGAAAGCAGUCUUACUGCUAAUACAGUCAGCGUGAUGUAGCAGUAAGCUUAAAUUCCCAUGUCGUUCCUAAGAUGAUGUUGUCGGUUAAAAAUUUUAAAUUACAUGCAAAACAACGGUGGAGCAUGCGAAUUGUAUGACCCCUGUAUUGAACUGCUCUUCUUUACAAAUCCCUGGGAUAGCCCAAAAUUAAGUUGUCGUUGAUAAAUGAAACGAGAUUUAUUAACGAGACCUUUCGAUUCAGUGCUGGUGUGUACUUCAAGUUUACAACCAGCAUCAAUGUAUAAGAGGAUACUGACCUUUAAAACACCAGCUUGGCCGUGAUGGUUUGGAUUCACCUUGUCAUCCAAAGACCUCUUGAGCUGUUCUAACCCCAUUAUUGUGUGAGUUAAGUUUGUGGUUAAAUAUGCUUUGUGUAGUGUUCACCUCACUUCGGCAGGAUCACAGCAACUGAGGUUCGACUCUCAAGGACAACCACUUAACCGUUGUCUGCUCGUGCCCUCGCGUGGACGUAUCAUGCUGAAAAUGAGCACACGCCAUUCACCCACGCGAGAGGAAAUACCAGUACAUGCUCUACUAAAAAUACAUUCUGAUUGGCUGACUUCCUGCGCACCUUGCUUUUGAUUGGUUGAUUCUGACCUACCAUGGCUAAGGCCAUAUCUAUCUUGCAUCUGAUUGGUUAACUUCCUGUCUUCCUUGCAUCUGAUUGGCUGAUUCUAGCAUGAUAAUUGGUUAGGGUUCAGUAACCCUUUCCUUAUAUUUAUUGGUUGUUUGAAGUGUUGUAAUUUUUGAACGAUUUGAAAUUCGUAACGAUUUUUACUGGUGAUUGUAUAUAUAGCUCGCGAUGUCAUGUGAUGACUGACUGAAGAUGGUGAUGGCUCCAAGCAGGCGGGACGUUAAUUAUCUACUUUGUAAAUAGUUAAGAUUAGAGGAAGAGACUUUAGGAAAAUAGCAAAUAAUGACGCAGGUUCACACUGCAUUUAGGUAGAUAUUAUUAUUGCGCCAUUGUAUCAGCCCCUGUGACCUGAUACUUCGCAACCAAUUUGAAAUAGCCAUAAAGUGAAUGUGUACAAUUAUACAAAGUCUGCAGUCAUUCAGAGAUGCAGCUUUGACAGUACAAAUGAAACAAACAGUCUGCCUUAUCCUAGGACUGGAUCAAUCUACUUCACUAGGUUAUCCAGUAUUAUCAUGUGAGCAAAAUAAAGCAGAAUAUGGUUGGCUACUCAUGAAUUAUUAAUGAGUUUGAGAUAUACAAUUAAGAUACAUACUUUCUGUCUGUGUUGGUGUUAUGUACUCAGGUGAAUAUAAUGUUUGUGAUGUUACUCUGAGUGUGCAUCCACACCGGGCAAGCUGAAAAGUUUGCCUGACCACGGUGGGAAUUGAACCCGCGACCUUUGGGAUACUAGUCCAAUGCUCUAUCAACUGAGCUACGAGGUCAAGUCGUUUAGAGUUGGUGAUAUUUCGGAACUGAGUCUAGUUCCUUCGAUAUCAAUAUAUUCUAAGAUAUGAUACUUUUUGUGUGUGUUGGUGUUACGUACUCAGGUGAAUAUGGUGUUUGUGGUGUUGCUGAUAUGAUGUAAUGUAAUGUAACUAUAACUAGUUAUAUUACAUCAUAUCUUUAUGCUAUAAUUCUAUUAUAUAUCUUUAUGACUCGAUCUUUAGUUUAUUGGGGUUUUUCAUUGUUUUUUUUGUUGUAAACUUUGCUAGAAGCUGGAGACAAUAGAUUCAAUCAACCAUGCGGUGUCCCAUUAUACACAACCAAUAUGCAUAGUAUAAAAAGUGCAUGGCUUUCAGCCUUAAAAUAUAAGACGAAUAUCUAUAUUUAAUAUUAAAUGAUAUUGGGUGGAUUGCAGGUGGCCUUUUAUAUCACUCAUUUUUUAGUUGUUUUUUAUGCAAGGCUUUGAACCAUGUCAAGCAACCAAAGGCUUUCCUUGACCUUCGUUUUCUCGCAAGUUCGCCAAAUUACAAAUAAUUGAUCGUAUAGAUUUUUUAUUUAACCAUCAAGAUAUUUUUUCUUAUAAUGGCUACGCAAGGUAGAGCAAUUAUGUCUCUAGUUGCAAAAUAUAGUUAUGAUGUUCUGAUAAUAUUUGAAACUCAUUUAAAGUAAGCUACCACUAUUAGCUUGUUACAAUUACAAAUAUUAUUUAUAAAAUUAUCUCCAAUAUUAGUGAGCUUUGCUUUGGUGCAGGACAUUGAAAAAUGUUGUGAUAUGAUAGCGUACAAAGUGCAGCUCAGUAACUAUAGGAAUUGUAUAUUCAGAUAUUGAAGAUUUUGGUCACGAGAUAAGGUGUGUUCUGGGCUAUUCCUGUAUUCCUGUGGGCGGGGACUGCUUGUAUACCAAUAAGCCGGACAGUUAGGGUUGAGCAGGCAUGAAAACAGUAAUUAAACACUUAGAUUCUGGACUAUAAAUAUAUUCUUAUCGUUUAAAAUAUGUGAAAAGGCACGAACAUUUUUUUUGAAUUUCAAUGAAUUUCUUUCAAACAAUUGUAUUAAUUAAUUAUAUAUAAAUUUAAGCUGUUCGUAUACAUCCCUUCCACAUGCAAGGUAAUACAGUAAGCAUUAUACGAGGCAACUGAGAAAGCAUAUCAACUGUACUCAUGUCUCUAGAAAUGUCGACACUUCUACGAGCAAGUAUAAAAAUAUAACUUCUCCUCUCGUUUUAUUUACUUCCUACCUUAAAUGAACCCCUUUCCACGUCUGAGAAUUGUCGUUCAGCAAGUGAUUGUCAAUUAUCAGAUUGAGAAAAUAUAAGUUGAGUCUCCCUGUUAUUCCAUUUUAAUUUAUUGUAUGCAUGCAUGCAUGCAGAAGUAUAAAUCAUUGAAUAUUAAAUAAUUGAAUGUUAAUUGUAAUGUUAGCAUACAAUAUCAUUUGUUGUAUUUAUACUAGCCUGGCUUGCAUUUAAGGAAGGGAAAAAUGACCUAAUACUCGGGCUAUAUAUGUACAUAUUGAAAACUUAUGCGAAUUAGGUAAUGUGAGAUUUUUGGACACAGAAUUUCUUAACUUUGGUGAAAGAUUGAGGGUGAUGAUGAAGAAUGAUGUUGCAUUAAGUUAGUAAAAGUUAGGAAUUAAUACCAACAGAACUUCGAUACUUCUUUGACGUAUAACGAUUAUCAUUGUAUCUUUCCACAAAUGUUUUGAGACAUACAUUUGUGAACAGGAAGUCAAUUUGGCGAAAUGAUUUGCAUGGCUUGUGGAUGAGAGACUAUAAUACUAUAGUGAUCACGACAUCAUGCAUGGUGUUUUCUGUUGUUAGGAACGAGCCACAUGCAGUAUAUAACCGUUUCUCAUGGUGAUUUUGUAAUUUAAACUAUUUUGAUGAUGGGCAAAUCUGUGGGAAAAAAUGGGGCACGGUUUUGCGCGCGUGUCGGACUCCACAGGGGGCUUUUUUGUUGAGAUUUUGUAUUGAACAUAAAGCCUGUGGGUUAAACAAGCACGGGACUUGGUAGUCACGCGACCAUGAUUAGCUGUUCUUAAUGCUUUCCCAACACUAUCAUGUAUUCUAUUGAAGUUAAAACAUAGUUGGAACACUCAUCAAACGGGCUUUAUUUUGUUAAUCUAGAGCUUGAAAUGUCCCGUGUAUAACAAUCCAAAGAAACACUAGCUUAAAAUUCUUGCAGUAUAUGAGCACCACGCGUAAAUAUCUCACAACUUGUCAACAAGAUGUGUUCGCAACAGGCUCGUAGCUAGCUUGUCAACAAGUUGUAACAAUGCUGUUAUUUUAUCAAGUUGCUACAAGGUUGUCACUCGCAACUUGUUGACAAAUUGUUGAAUUGCAAGACGAUAACAAGUUGUUGGAAUAACUUGUAACAAGUCUGUUGAGCUCAACAACCUUGUAGCAGUUGUCAACAAGCUGGGAACAAGCAGUGCGAACACAUCCUGUCGACAUGUUGUUGGAACAGCAUUGUUACAAGUCUGCUGCAGGUUUGUUACAACUUGUGCGUUUUUACGUGUGUACAUUUAUCAUAUAAGGAGUAUGCGAAUUUAAUAUAGAGAAAAAGAGAGUCUCAACCAGUUAUGUCCAAGAUUGUGCUGACUCAAACAAUUUACCUUCACAUUGGCCACGUACUGACGUGGUGUAUAUUGUAUGCUAACAUUACAAUUAACAUUUAUUAUAUAUUUAAUAUUCAAUUAUACUGCUGUAUGCAUGUAGAGACUUAAAAGAGAGUCUGAACCAGUUAUGUCCAUGAUUGUGCAUAGCUCGCUUUCGCUACCUGACUCAAAUAUUUUCCCUUCACAUUGACCACGCAGUGAUAAUAUGCUAUGUUUCCAGGCGUAUUCAUUGUUCCCACCCAUGCACUACUCACAAGAUAGAUACCAUGUUAUUAUGCUAUAUCAUACAGUCUUUAAUUAACCCAUACAUACCGACACGCGAGCUCACAUUCUGUCUAAACUACACACCCUGCUCUUGAGAUCAUGGGAUGCUUGCUGUUCUUCAUGAUAAUUCUGCUUCUCCAUUUUAUUUUCGUAUUUUAUUAUGAGGCAACCUUUUUCGAUGUCACGUAUUGGCGAUGGAAAGCGUUCAAAACCAAACAUCGUUUUCUCUCAAAAUUACUUUGUUUUAGCAUUAUUCUCUAUAGUUUAUAAAAUUAGCUGCCUUUUAAAUGCAUUUGACGGUUGAGAAACGUAAAACAAUAGGAAAAAAUGUUCAUUAAAAUACAAUUAUCAAUUACGCUUUAAAACAUGACGCCAAAUUUACAGCAAUUAUAUAAGCAAAACUUUCUGACCUUCAGGCGUCAGUUUCUCUUUGGUGUACCAUCUAAAAUCUCUUCGUUUUAGUUUUAUUUUGCAGAUUAAAACGUACUUUUUUAAGUCUGGUUGCCGCUUGAGUAACACAACGAAUGGUAUAUUAUAAAAAAAAAACAUUGUGUUUUUUCAAGGUCAGGUUCAUCUGUUGGACAAUGUCACUGGCAAUUGACAAAAUUGGUCAUUAUAUAAUUUAUCAAGAUUUUGUUGUCAUCACACUUGAUUGAAUAUUAGUUGAAGGAUAUUGUACAAUUUUUAGACCUAUAGCCAGGAAUCGAACCUGCUGCCCUGUGAUUCCAGUGCAGAGCUCUAACCAACUGAGCUACAGAGGCCUGUUGUCAAGCUCUAACCAACUGAGCUACAGAGGCCUGUUGUCGAGCUCUAACCAACUGAGCUACAGAGGCCAGUUGUCAAGCUCUAACCAACUGAGCUACCUGCUGCCUGUGAUUCCAGUGCAGAGCUCUAACCAACUGAGCUACAGAGGCCUGUUGUCAAGCUCUAACCAACUGAGCUACAGAGGCCUGUUGUCGAGCUCUAACCAACUGAGCUACAGAGGCCUGUUGUCAAGCUCUAACCAACUGAGCUACAGAGGCCUGUUGUCGAGCUCUAACCAACUGAGCUACAGAGGCCAGUUGUCAAGCUCUAACCAACUGAGCUACAGAGGCCUGUUGUCAAGCUCUAACCAACUGAGCUACAGAGGCCUGUUGUCAAGCUCUAACCAACUGAGCUACAGAGGCCAGUUGUCGAGCUCUAACCAACUGAGCUACAGAGUCCAGUUGUCGAGCUCUAACCAACUGAGCUACAGAGUCCAGUUGUCGAGCUCUAACCAACUGAGCUACAGAGGCCUGUUGUCAAGCUCUAACCAACUGAGCUACAGAGGCCAGUUGUCAAGCUCUAACCAACUGAGCUACAGAGGCCUGUUGUCAAGCUCUAACCAACUGAGCUACAGAGAGACAGUUGUCGAGCUCUAACCAACUGAGCUACAGAGAGACAGUUGUCGAGCUCUAACCAACUGAGCUACAGAGAAACAGUUGUCGAUCUCUAACCAACUGAGCUACAGAGAGACAGUUGUCGAGCUCUAACCAACUGAGCUACAGAGACACAGUUGUCGAGCUCUAACCAACUGGGCUACAGAGAGACAGUUGUCGAGCUCUAACCAACUAGUUCAUGUAUAUAUACCCGCCUCGCGUUCCUUCCCGAGGAUCGCAGGCUCGGGGAACGAGAUUGACUAGGGUACUGCCAUGUAUAGCUUAUGGGUAAAUAUCAAGAUUUUAGAAUAAAGCCACUCAUUUGAAUGUCAUACAAUUUUGAAUUCCUUUGUUAUGCUAUCUUAGAUUGCCAAUUUUUAGUUGACGUGCAGAUUGAACAUUGCACACAUAGUAACACAACAAACAUAUCCAUUUUCUUCAUUUUAUAUAAUUGUGUAAUUGUUGCACGAAAGACUGCAUUCAUCUCCUUUUGCUGUAGAAUCGUCUGCGAGUAUUCACUAAAAAGCAUAUAAUAACCAUAAAUGGCAUAGCUGCACUUGAGAUAAUUUCGUGCGGAAAAUGAUUUACAAGACCACUCGGGGUCUUCUUCUAUAUCUAUUUCAAUAUACCACCUGUUCUUUGAAAACCAACAACGCGAUAAGUUCUUUCAAUCUUCGCUGUAAACACUUUAAAACAUACAGAAGGUUUUUGUUGUGCUCGCAACAAAUAUGUGAGAUUAAUGUUUGUGCAAGUUUGAUGCUGUGAGGUUAAAUUGUUUGAAUUGUAUUUGUCGGAGUAGUCUUUUAUAGCUGUUCAAACUUGUGGGAACUUUUAUGUGGUGAUUCAUACUGGAUUGCACGACGACGCAUGGUUAUUAUAAAAUGUUUUUGAUCACUGCAUGGUUUACAAGAGUGUCACGUCUUGUUUGUAGUUAAUCAUUGUUAUUGCGUACUUUAAAUUUAACUAACUUUAUUUAUAUUGGAGCGCUUUAUGCAUGAUGUACAGAUCUAGACUUUUCUCCUACCCUAUAUAGAGCAUUGUAUAUUGUUCCAGUGUUAUUUAUUUAUAAACUAUAUAGAUAUUUCAAGUCGUUUUAAAUGGAAACCUAAACUAAACUAACUUCAUUUAUAUGUAUUAAUUUGUCAUUUCUACACUGUUCUUGCCAGAUGUCCAGUAAGGGUCAUCUCUUAUUGGUCAAGUGUUUUUAAAUGGAAACCUAAACUAAACUAACUUAAUUUAUGCUGGAUAGUUCUAUCAAUACCAAUUUACUCUUCUCUCCAUGCAGAGAGUGAUCGUCUCUAUAGGUAUAUAUUAUGGAAAUCCUAAACUUGACUACCUUUAAUUAUUUAUAUUGAAUCACGUGCACAACCAGUUCACUCCAAAUUGCUCUUCUUAGAAGUCCAUGAGUAAGGUCUAUUUGUUCUUUUUAUGAAUCUGGGUCACAGAGAUGACUAUUUGGGAAUUGUAACUCGUAUACCAAAAAUUAACUUUGUUGUUGCAAAAACUUCGAUGUUUUUCAAAGUUGUUUUUAUAAAAACCCGUGCUCAUUUGCAUCCAAAAAGCAUAAUUGAAUACUUGGAAAAAGCAUAUUUAUAUUUAGUUUCAGCUCUGUAGUCUUUACUUCAGUACCCUUGAGGCAAGUUCCUAGUUGCCUGCUUCGUAUAUUAGUUAUAAGUAAUUGUGCGCACCGAAUGAUAUUGUAAAUAUAUUAAGUCUCUUCCGUUGCGGAAUGUCGGAUACACAAUGCAGCACCUGCACAAGUGGUUUGUCGUUUUCAAACCGUCAUGGGAAAGCAAACAAUUAUCGUUAACUUUAGAAAUAUAGUGCAUAUAUGCUGUUCUCAAACAAAUAGAUGACCUUGUUUACUGUUGGGAUAAAUGUAAAACAGUUCGAUGAGAUUCCUUUACGAAAAUUUCACAUAUGAUUUCACACGCAGUGAAACAGUGAAUUCACAUGUGGAAUCAAAAUUUCAUAUGUGAAAAUCGUAUUUCACAUAUGAAUUUCCCAUUCGUGAAACACAUGUGAAAUCCUUAAUUCACAUGUAAAAAUUUCAUAUGUGAAAUCAAAUCACAUGUGAAAUCCUCAUUUAAAUUUCACAUGUGAAGUGUUCCAACUCCAUAUGUGGAUUUCACAUGUGAAAUCAUAUGUUAAAUUGCUGUAAGGGUUCCAUCUGCUCGUAGAGUCUAUACUGAACUUUUUAAUAUAAAAAUGAGUGGAGGUUCAAUCUGAGCUUCUCUUGAGUGUCAAUGCUGUUUUUGAAUAGCUGGAGGGCGAGUAAUCACAUAGUAAGGUACGACACUAACCCUCCAGCUCUUCAAAAACAGCAAUAACCCUCGAGAGAAGCUCAGAUUGAACUUGCACUCAUUGAGUGUGAGUGAGUCCAAAUGUCGUUUCAGAGACCCAAAAUUCAAUUUUUUUCGGGGGAGCAUACCCCCUGACCCCUAAAAUUGUGACUCACAAAUUAUUAGUUGCCCCCUCCAAAAAAAAUCCUGGCGAUCGUCUCUACCCACACUGGCCAUUGGAAACACUAUAUCUUUAAAACAACCAACUACAAUCCUACAAUCAUUUCACAAUCAAGGGAUUAACUACACAAGGCAUAUACAACACAAGACAGUCACGGGACUACAAUAUACAUUCCCGCGCAAGAUCUAAUGACAAUAGCGCACGUGCCGCAUCAAAUUUAUAUGCAAAGCACACACACAUCACCAACAACCAUCCCAAAUAAAAACUUCCUUUUUUGAGAAUUUUUUGACACAACCUCUCUAAAAAUACCUUUGAGUGGCGGUUGAAAGUUAAACAAAUCUCACUUGUCUGUGGUUAGCGUUGAACUGUCUACACAAGUUUUCAGAAGGUCUGAGAAGAAAGUUUUAUUAAAACCUCAUGACUUUGUUAAUGUCUGGGGAUUAGUGACUGAUUUGUGCACUAAUUACUAAAUAAACGUCGUGGAUUAAUAAUUUGAUUUGAAGUUAAGGCUUUUACAAACUGAUAAGUAAGUAAAGAUGUGUUCGCACUGCUUGUUCCCAGUUGUUGUGACAAGUCUGGAACAAGUUGUUAUCACCUUGUUACAAGGUUGAUGACGGUAACAGACUUUGCUACAAUUUGUUCUAACUAGACUAGUACAGGCUGUUCGUAACAAGUUGCUACAAGCUUGUUGUCAUCAACUUGUUAACAACUUGUUACGUGCAGACGAUAUCAGACUUGUUGGAACAACUUGUUGCGAGUCUGUUGGCCUCAUCAACCUUGUUACAACUUACAAAGUGAUAGCAAUGUUGUCAACAACUGGAAAUAAGCAGUGCGAACACAUCUUGUUGAAAAGCUGUGUGAGUUUUACUCGUGUAACUGAUCUGUUCUUAUACAUCGACUCCUCAAUUACUGGGAUAGUGCUUAAAGACAUGAAAAAUUUCAGAUCAUGUUAGCCUACAUUCAAGAAAAUGUAAUAACUUUGCACGACCAAACAACUUAUUGAAAUGGCCACGUGCUGACACGCGUCACGCGUGAUUAAACACGAAUGAUAUCCCGCGUGUAUUGGUGCUAUUACUUGGCGUUUUACGCCUUUUUCGCAACUUCCAUAAUACUAUGCGUGGUUUUUAUUCUGCAAAACGUAUAGUGCGUAUAAGAAAGGGAUAUUUAAGACAGUUUUAAUAGUAUAAAAUUUAUCUCUUUAUUUAAGUUAAAAUAUAAAACAACAUUUAAAAAUAAUUAUUUCUAUAUAAUACAAAUGUAUAUCAAGUCCAGCUCGAAAUUGGAACAAAUGUUAUUUAAAUCAAUCCUGUCGUCUGCCAAGGUCGCCAAACUGAUUCAGGUCUCGCAGAGGUUUCGUGGUAGGAAAGUCUUCUGUUUGGUUUCAGUUCUGCUGUCUGCGAUAACAACGUUAGGCCUUCGAUGGGCGAUACUGCCAAUCUCGCGGUCGGUGAUGGGAUAGGUGAUGGCGGUGGCGUGGUGGUGAAUUGUGGAUAAGUCGUGACAUUUGGUGCAAAACUGUGGAUAGGACGGGGUAAAUUUAAUGUCAUCACCGGUCGAGAACUUGCAAUGUGCGAGAUAAUUUGUGACUUUUGGUUCGCGUUGAUUGUCGGAUCUGUGAUAAGUACUCGAGUCAUGUGAUCUUGACAUUCUCGAAAACCUGCUUGGUAACUCGCCAAACCGGUUGUGUUGUCCUGCUGCUGUUUCGCCGAUUGGGCGGAUUUCAGGUAGUUGACAGUCAAAUCCAAGACGUCUGCUUUUUCCAUCUUUUCAUAAAGCGAGAUCUAGAAUAUAAUCAGAUAGACAUUCAUAAGAAUUGUUCCUUUACAAUAUCUAGGGGCUUCGUACCACUUACAACUCCAAAACACAGUCCUAUUCUGACGCACGGAAACGCGAGCGAACUCUAUGCCGUCAUAGUUGCGUCAACCGACACAUGCUAUUGUAGGUGCGCUAAAAUAAACGGAAAUAGUCCUUGUUUAAUAAUUAACUCUUGCAUGAGCUUGCAUCCUUCCAUCAACCUUUUCCGUCAUUCCUUGCCGGGCAUAAUAAAUUUUGUCCUCAUUAUAUUUCUUGUUAAAUUAAAUAAUGUGCAAUUUCUGUUUGCUAUUGGCGAUUUAGAGGUAUUGAUCAUUUGGAAAGAUUUGCAUGUAAAUUCGGAUUAAUUUUUCUUUACGUUUUUCAUGUACGUUGCCCAUUUGGAAAUAAAUUGCCAAGCUAUCGAGAUAGUUUUAACUCCUUGUGAUGUGUGGAACUUUUUUAUUUGUUUGCCUCCGAAGAGUUUUGUAAGCAAAGCGGAAAAAAAUCUGAACUUCAACUUCCCACCCUCGUCAGCGUAGGAUUAAGGUGUUUUCCGGCAUUUAUAAGAAUGGAGUUAUAUUAUGUUCGCUAGAUGCACGCGUGAUUGUCUCUCUUUAUUCGCCACGUGUCAGAAAUAGCGCGUGCGAUCGAGGCUAGAAAUGGCUGCUCAUGUAAUUGAUACAUCAAUUGCAACUUUUUUAACAGCGAAAUAAAUGACAGUGUAUAUUCUUUGGAAAUAUUGUGUAUAUUACGAUUUAAAGUGAUAAAGUCAAAUGCAUGAUGUAUGAAAUUUAUAAUAAAAGUAUAUAUAUAUAAUAUAAAUUAUUCAUUUACAAGAUUGAUAAAUUGUUCUAAUUCUAGACUGCCUUUUUUCCGCGCAAAUUCUAUUUGACUUUUUUGCUAUCGAUAUACAAAGUUAUUUUCUUCUUUUCGUUUUUCAGUAUAAAUUGUACUGAUGAGCUGUUUCAAACCUUGCUAAAGUUUGUAAUAUGACAUCUACUGAUUGCUUCAACAGUAUAUAUUAAAGAAUACAUAUUUACACCGAAGAUUUGGUUUAAAAAUUAAAGUUAAACUUACAUCUCUAUGUAAAGCUUCCAAAACCAAGCUUUUGAGUUCGUGGAGACUGUCAUUGAUCCGUUUGCGUCUCUGUUUUUCAAUCAACGGUUUCUUAAUCUGAAAAAAUACAAUGUAUUUGAAUAAAUAUAUUCUCUUUGCAAUAUUAAAUAUAUAGUUCGUGAUUUAUUCUGAUCUAAUUUAGGAUCGUUAAUGAUGUUAAUUUGUAACAUUUUUCGUCCACGUAAACAAAUUAACCACAAAUUAUGUUUAUGACAAAAUAUGCAGGAAAAUAAAAAGAAUUUAUUCAUAAAUUUUGGACAGGUCUAGAAGCGGAUUUGGAUUUUACAAUAUAAAUUCAUCAUAUAGUGCUAGCUCAGAUAUAAAUACGUUGUAAUAGAUAUCAUCGCAAAUUCAUGACCAUGAUAAAAUCUUGCUUCGCUCUUUCAAACUUUUUUAAAGACUGAUUAUAUAAUUUCCUGUAUACAGUAAAACAUUCGCAAAAACUUAGAUUAAAACGCAAAUAAUUGCAUGACCAUAUUCUCUAGUUAACAAUAGUUAGUUUGAUACGAAGUUUUAUAUCGAACUUGCAAGCUUGAAAUAUUUAAGGCAAUUUAUAAAUUCUAAUUUGGUUCAAAAUAUAUACUUAGCAGCGCAAGCAUAUGAUAUGCCAUAUGUUGGCUGUGUUUAUAAUAUUGAUCAUGUGAAUUCUUUGUUUUGCAUAUUGGGAAAAAAACAAGCAAAAUUAUUAUAUUAUUUUGGUAUUGAGUGACUCUUGCUGUUCUACCUGUAUCAUUCACUGACCCAACGAAGAUAUAGCGAAAAUUCAUUUCUUCAAAAUUUGGUCUUCGCUAAUUCCAUGAGUUAUGGACUUAAUUCCACUUUACUUUGCGUAAAGAUGGGACACAGAUUUCACACAUACUCUAAACUUUUCAAUGUGGAGUUAUACCUUCUAUAUUUCUACCUUCUUUCAAUUCAGCCGAAUAUCGGUAAAAACGGUUUAAUUCUCAUAGAAAGUUCCUUCGUUGUAGCGAGAUUCAAAUUUGGGAAAAGUUUUGCUAAAUGAAAACGUUUUGGAGGAUGUAACUUUGUUAUGUUCUUGACAUAGUGCGCUAAGAUUUGGUUUCUUCUUCGUGAGAUAAAUUAAAGAUAUUAUUGUUAUUAAUAAGUUUAUAGUCUUUUACCUUUCUAGAUUCUUUGUUUGUGUUCUUUCCAUCUGAUUUGAGGUUAUCUAGUCCCAUAUUGCUAGUACGGUGUGUUUGUUGUCUUUUCGAAGCGUGUCAGGCACGAGCGUGUUUGCGAUUGAGAAGCCGAACCGCAAAAUAAGCUAUCUUUUUAAUGUUUCAUUUAUUUAUAGCUUGGAGCCAUGGGAAAAUCCCUCGGUCUAUUGUGUCUAACAAAUAUUGACACCGUUGAUUGUUUAUGAUUUCCCUCCCACAAGACUCCUCUAUUCAAUAUCAUUCUUUGGACCGUGGGAUCGCUUCAAGCUCAUUGGUCAAUCCAAACACUUUGCUCGCGACCAGCGUAAGCAUGAGCAGUGGCGUGCGACGAGCGUGAGACUGCUCUCCUCUCAUUGGCCAGUUCAAGGGGGUCGCGUUUUGCCAAUUAGCUCACAGUAUUCUCUGGCAUGCGAACGGUAUUAAAGUGCUCGUGAAUUUCUAAGGCUCUUUUGCUAACUAGGAUAAGUACGACAACAAAGGGACAUUGUAGGCGUUAACUACCUUCAGCCCUGCCUUUGUUGUCAAAUAGUGUUUGUAGUGUUUGCUAAAUUUACUCUCGAUAUAAGACUUUCAUCGAUACUCAUAAAGCGUGGUUUACACUAGUUUCAAAGUUUCUGCGAUCAUGCAUAGUAGGAUUUUUACACAGGUUUUGAAGGAUUUCUAUGAGAAAUGUUUGAGGGAAAUUAAUGACUCUGUGUUUAACAUUAAUUCAGUUUGCUUGUGUGAUGUUACUCUGAGUGCAUAUCCACACCGGGCAGGCCUGAAAAAUAUGCCUGGCCACGGUGGGAAUGGAACCUACGACCUUUGGAAUACUAGCCCAAUACUCUGCCAACUGAGCUAUACGCGGUCAGGUGUCAUUGACAUUAAUUUAGUUUGCUUAAACGUUUCUUUCAAAUCCUUCAAAACGUAGAAAUUACCAUUAUACUAUGGAAAUUUCUAUUGUGAUAUCAGAAACUUUGAUAGUGUAAACUAUAGGCUUAUCAGAGUUUGACUGGGUAGCAGUCACAAUAGAAUAAGAAAGUUUUGGAUUCAUAGGGAUACAACUAUACCUGAAAAAUACAAGGAGAACUUCGACGUUUGGAGCGAAGGCAGUUUGUCGAGACAUUAGUAGUCGACUACAAACUUCCCGAAGAGCUCGAAAUGUCGAAGUUCUCCUUGUAUUUUUCAAGUAGUUGUGUGGAAUGAUAUCUAAGGAACAUUUUGUACUAUCAUCGAAUAUUCUCUGGUUCAUCUACUAUCGCCAAAUAUUUACUAUAUGUAGAUAAUAUGCUUAGAAAGUGCGUCAUGCAAGGAAAGGUUAGGAAACUAUUGGAAAAGGAUCAAAAUACUGUUUGGAAUAAAGUUUGAAGCAAUAGUCGACCAAUGUCUUUCUUAAAUUGUACUGAGAAGUUAAUGAAGAAUGGUAUAAACAGUUAUUGCCGUUGACUAUUUAGUAGAUGCAUGAAAUAGUUUAUAAUCAAGACUGGUAAACAGUGCCAAUAUACAUAAAUGUUAAAUGAUAUCUAAGACGUCUAAGGUACAUGCAUGUUUAAUAUCUCAUGAGAUAUUGUUUUCAAUGUUGAUUCAUCAUGAAUUAAGUGCGGAGUGUACCAUAUACUUUUAAACAAAUCUCUUGUAGAACCGAAGCUCAUAGUCCUAGACUAUCAUUUUAUCCACAAAUUAUAUAUAGCUCAAUGAAACUCUUUUCCUAAACACGUAUUCUUGCAAGCAACGAAUACCAGAAUCAUUUAAAUGCAUGAUUUCUGAGCUUGUUACACCUUCUGACCCCUCGCUAUUCAGGGCUGGCCGUAUUUGGAAAAUAAAAUAAAAAUAAAUAUAAGUUUGUGUAAGAGUGAUCCUGAAGACCUGAAGAUCAAUCUUGAGGCGUUCCGUGGAACGAUGUUGAAAAUGAUUCCUAAGACUAAGUAAGGAACAUCUUAAAUAAGGAGCAUUUUAAAUUUGAUAUCUUAUAGGAUAGUGUUAAGACUUUUUUACCACCGAAAGGCAUUGAGCAGAUCAUGGUGUUUCUUAAUAGUGUGAUCAACUUCCUUAACAGAAAACUCAUGUAUAUACCAGGAAAAUCAUAUACUAGGAAAGUCCUAUCAUACUCGGAAUUCGGAAACCCCGUUGGCGUAACAUCAUUAAAAUAAUGUUUCAAGCAUACUAAAUUUACUGCAAAGUUUUUAUUAUAAGUUUAUUAUAAAGAAAAUGAAAAUAUAUAAAGAGUUACUUGAGAGGAUUUUAUAGCCUAUAGGCUAUAGCAUCUAAAUGAUAAAUGAUUCGAAUAGAGCCCUAUAAUUUAACGCAAACUGUCAAACACUCGUGAAAGAUUAUGAGAAUUAUAGCUGGAGUAUAUGCAUGCAUGUUUAAUGAUUUAUCAGAUAUUUUCACAAACAGUAUGGGGAAACAAAUUGUAUGAGAUGAUAGUUAAUGGUGAAGAAACCUAAAGAUAAAAAUAUUGAAAAUGAUAUUUAAGAAGUAAGGGGUCUGAGGAGCAUUUUUAUAAAUAUUUGUUAUCAAAUGUUGUUUGCAAUGAAUUUACUGCAUGUCAAUCUGCGAAUUUGUAGCCUAAGUUUCGAUGUGAGACUACGAGCUGGUUGCGAAUUUUCUAGUGUCAGUUUACUUGAGAACACUGUAGCUAUAUGUCUUUAGGAACAGUUGACAAACCGUUUGAAAGGAUUGAAAUUAUAUUUUGAACAUUUCCUGAACAGUAACAAGAACUGAGAAAUCAUAUCGUCUUAGCAAUAUUUUCGGAAAUGUGUGAUAAAUCAUUGUUGCUUUUUCAUGCAUAUACAGUGUUGAGUCCUUGAAGUCAUUAAAGACUCCGUGAUAUUUUUGGCUGCGUUUACACUGCAUGUACGGAUAGCAUUUGCAAUUCAGCUUAGCUCUCAGCUUGCAAGUAGAGAUGAUUACACCCCCACUUACUUAAGGCGUCAUCAAAGCUUUUGAUACUACCGAUACAUGAUUUCAAUGAUCCAUUGGUUCUCCUAGAACAAUUUUGAUAAUCUUUUUUUCAAAGUUCAUCUCUUAGAUUUUUCCUAGAGAUCCAUUAAGGAUCAUCUCUUAUUGAGCCGGUGUUACUGUAGGAGGAAACCUAAACUAAACUAAGUUUAUUUAUACUGGAUAGCUCUAUCAGUUCUAAACUGUUCUGCCUAGAGGUCCAGUAAGGAUCAUCUCUUAUUGAUCCAGUGUUACUACAGGAGGAAACCUAAACUAAACUAACUUUAUUUAUGCUGGAUAGCUCUAUCAGUUCUAAACUGUUCUUCCUAGAGGUCCAGUAAGGAUCAUCUCUUAUUGAUCCAGUGUUACUACAGGAGGAAACCUAAACUAAACUAACUUUAUUUAUACUGGAUAGCUCUAUCAGUUCUAAACUGUUCUGCCUAGAGGUCCAGUAAGGAUCAUCUCUUAUUGAUCCAGUGUUACUACAGGAGGAAACCUAAACUAAACUAACUUUAUUUAAUUACAUCUUCAAAAUCAUAAAUUAUGAUAAUCUUAACUUGACAGCUUUUUGUAAGACUAAUUCGGUAAUUUGUAAAUAUUUGCAUACAGAAGCCUUGGGUGUGUUAGCCCAAGAUUAAACAAAGUUUUUGUUCUCAAGAGUUACACAUAUUUCAUCAAGUGUUAAUUAUCGAAACUUGUCACGAGUUUCAUAAACGUUCUCUCUCUUUAAUGAAUUUUUAAAACACGCUUCAGAUUGUUAAUUAUGUUUUUAAUUCGCUGCAAAGAGGAGAAGAUUUUGCGUUGAUCCACAGACCUCAGAAAUGGCCGUCGAGCUCACUUCAAAAUUGUAUUUGAACAUAUGUUCGUUUACGUCAAUGAAGUCAGCGGUCUGUGACGCAUUGUGACGUCAUAUACAGUUGUUGUCGGCAUGUAAAAGCGCGCAAGUUGUUUCAGAUCUGAAGAUAAAGUUGUAACAAGGUUGUGGUGUCAAGCCAAUAUCAGGAUGUGUUCGCACCACUGAACUCUGUAAAUACUGGAACGAUCAUUCGGGCUUGAUCGUCUUGUAGGUACGAUCCAGUCCCUACGCGGAAAUUCAUUAAAUUCAGUAAGAAAAAGCCAGCUUUAUUCCAUGUAAAAGUUUCAUAUUUUUCAGCCGAUUGUUUAUUAAGGCGGGCUUUAUUAUGCCCCUAGGAUACUAGUUCAAGUGGUCUUUCAGAAUAUACAAAUUUUAGAAAUACUUCGUCAUAAAUAGCAAAGUUAUCUUAUGAGUGAAAAACCAGUUCGGAAAAAAACCCGCGUUGAAGAACAUCAGCAACUUGUGUGUUUUUUGGGCUAUCUAUGUGGGAUUUUUAAAGAAAACAGAAUAAUAUGGACUGCAUUUGCAUCAAUCUUACAUUUUUGUUUUAGGUGUUACUACAGAAGGAAACCUAAACUAAACUAACUUUAUUUAUAUUGGAUAGCUCUAUCGGUUCUAAACUGUUCUUCCUAGAGGUCCAGUAAGGAUAAUCUCUUAUUGAUCCAAUGUUACUACAGGAGGAAACCUAAACUAAACUAACUUUAUUUAUACUGGAUAGCUCUAUCAGUGGUAAACUGUUCUGCUAAAGCCUGCUGUAGUUACUCGGUUGUUAUAAUAUUAAGAGAUGGCCCUGCUAAAGUUUCCCGGUAUAAACAAAGUUAAGCCUUGUUGACCACCACGUGUUACAGUGUCGCUGGAAUCCACCCAUAUCCGCUACUAAUUAAAUUCCUCUCAUUACGAACUGUUAAAAUUGCUUGUUGAUUUGAUUGUUUGUAUUCCCCUUCCUGUACUUGACGUCACUCUGUCGCUAAUGACUUCAUUUGCUGAUUGUUUCUCAGGUUUAAAAAAGCAGAAGCACAAACAACGGAAAAGGAAAUCGUUAGAAGAAGAAUGUGAUAAUGUUAUACCAAAGGUAUUUUAUUUAUACAACAUGGUUUGCUGUUGUUUUUGUUGUGGAGAAAUCGCUUACAAGCUUCGUUUAUAUUAACGAACUUUAUUCAAACAGAGAUACAAAUUCUGGUUCAUAGAAUAAAAAAACAUAUUACAGAGACUAGAUUAAAAAAAUUAAACUAGUUAGAAUCGAUCAAAAUUGGUUAGGACAUUACAACACGAUACAUAAAUACAAGUCAUGAUUAUUACAAGAACGAAACGAGUGAUUUAGAUGGUUAAGCUUGCAGAAGAACAAAAUGCAGAAAAUAUCCAAGAGCUAAAGCAUCAAGAACUGAAGGACUUUUUUUUAAGUAACUCAAGUACUUCUUUAUAAAUUCAAGGACUUUUAACACCAUGAAUUUUUUUUUUCAAAUUCAAGGAGUUUCAAGUUCUGUAUUUAAUGUCCGUUACACAGGCUGUGGUUACCAAAUUCACGCAGGUUGAGCUGCGUCCUUCGUAAUUCAGCUUAGCUGCAAGUAAAGAUGAUUACACCCACUUACCAACUCACUUACAACAUGAACAUAUUUUCCUCUUUUGUAGAAAAAACAAAAGUCGACGCGGAAAAUGAAAACUGGUGUUCAUUAUUACGCCGAGGUGAAUGUGAAAAAUAAAAAUCGAAAUAAGAAAAGCAGUUCUACUAACCAGCGGUCAUCGAAAGGAAAAAAGAGACGGUCGUAAGAAAGAAAUGGAAAAGGUUAGGUUUACGCAUGCGCACAUGACGGGAAUGAUUUGAUAGCGUUUUAAGAAAGUUGUGUGGUGAGAUCCAGUACAUGCGCAAAAAACGCACAAGUUGUUUGUUGUGUUCGCACUGCUUGUUCCCAUGCAGUUGUAACAAGUUUGGAACAAAUUAUCACAAUGAAACCAUUAGUAUCUAAUUUUUAAUUGAAUCCACAAAUCAUUGCAAUACUUGCAAGAGAUUGACGGGGAAAGAAAGUUUUAAAGAUGAUGUAAAGUCCGUAAUGUAAACAAACGCUUUGUUACAUUUUGAACUCUUUGUAAAAUAUGAUUAGAUAUAUAUUAUACUGAAUUUUUAAUACUCUUUGGUUCGCUAUGCUUGUAAAUGAAUACAGACUAGAGAUUCAGUUCAAGAAAGUUCGAAGUACUAAUAACAUUCCAAUGGUUGGGUCCCGAUCAUUGGAAUGUAGGCCUGCGCAGAACGGACUUUACAGCAUCUUUAAGAGAUUGUGUCGCACAGUAAUCGCAAAAAUGAUGCAGUCUUAAGCCCUGGGCAAACUAGGAAACAUUGUUGUGAAAACAUUUGUGAUUCUCGAUGUUUCCUCAAAUGUUUCCCUGUUUGCCCACCCGUGGAAACAUUGUUGCGGAAACAAAAUUUGCUUCCCGAGAAGCAAAAAUGUUUCCUAGCAAAUUCAGACACAUUUGAUGUUUCCCUAGUAUGUUUCUCACUAAUGUUUCCUAGUGUUUGCCCACUCUGGGAAACAUGGCGAAACAUUGGCAGGAAACAAUGUUUCCGCAACAAUGUUUCCUAGUUUGCCCAGGGCUUUAACGAAGCAGAUUACUGUUUCUCACAAAUUUCCCGUCCAUUACAAAACUACAUAUACAUUAUAAUGUCUAUAAAAGUAUUUUAUAUUUUUCUGUCCUCGGGACUCUAUUAAUAACUAAUCUACCAUCAUACGACAGCGAUGCAAAAACCCAUGGGUCAGCGGAUGACCAUUCAACGGCAUAGACGCUGUCUUCGUGCUCUUCGUACGUUGCUAUGACACCAUCUGCGGGCGGCGAUGAUGACCUGAAAACAGGUGGAAUACGAAUUAAUUUUCUUGCUUGAAGGAAAAUGUAGAAUAUAUAACUCGAAAGUAGAAUAUUUUGUAUCGCUUUGACCAAUUUGUCAACAAGUUGUGAGUGACAACCUUGUAGCAACUUGAUAACAUAACAUUGUUAGGACUUGUUGAGAAGCUUGCUACAAGCCUGUUGCGAACACAUCUUGUUGACAAGUUGUGACAUUUUUACGUGUGCAGUUUAGAUUGUAGAAUUUGGUGAAUUCUUACUCGUGUGUCUCCCUGUGUUCCUCAUCAUCGUCGUCGUCGUCGAGAUGCGGAAAUGGUUCGGAUGACAAAGAUACGAUCUUGUUUAAAAUAACUCGACUGUCACUGCUCGACGACAACACCAGCUGAUCAUGGAAAUGAUUGUACCGUACGCGCCACACCCUGCAAGAGAAAUCAUAUUAUACGAUAUAUACACAUACAUUUGUGCUAUAGAAAUGCGAAAUAUCAUUGUAUAAUGUCGUGCAUUUGGCAUUCUUCAGUCACACUUCCAGCUGUUAACUAAAAAAUUUUGGAUAGGGGAAAAAACAGAGAGCGCCCAUUUUAAAACUUGACCCUCUAUGGGGCGAGUUAAAUACAAAUGUAUUUACAAAAUGAGCAAAGCUGGUCGAAAGACUAGCUAGGCUAGAUAUGAGCUAGUUCGCACGUAACUCUGCAUGGUUGUUUGAGGUCAUUGGAAACAUGAAUGAUUUGAAAACACGUAAACAACAACUGUGAGUGGCUGGUAAACAACGCUGUUGUCUGACUGUGACACAGCUGGUAUUUCUUUUCUUGUCUGAAGGAAUGUUAAAUAUUAGCUGCUGGAUAUAUUGGAUCGCAAAAAUACUUGGCAUUGCACAUUCUACUGUUGUCUGUUUCCGUUGUAAUGAAACAGCUGGAACGCGACUUGUGCUUAGCACUUUGAUUCUCAUCGAAUUCAUUUCAUAUUUUUAUGUAAAAAGUACCAAACUACACACGUCAAAAUCUCACAACUUGUCAACAAGAUGUGUUCGCAACAGACUUGUAGCAAGCUUCUCAACAAGUUGCAACAAUGCUGUUAUUUUAUCAAGUUGCUACAAGGUUGUCACUCACAACUUGUUGACAAAUUACCUCGUAACAAGUUCUCAACAAGCCGUUGACAACUUGUCAACAAGCAGUGUGAACACAUCCUGUUGACAAGUUGUAAUUGGAAUAGCAAUGCUACAAGUCUACUGCAGGUUUGUUACAACUUGUGCGUUUUUACAUGUGUAUAAAGCGAAAAUCAGAGAGGUGUGAACAUACAUAGUCUUCAUAGUCAGAAUCAUACAUAUGCAGCUUGUAACAAAAAUUCCAUCAACAUAUUUUUUGGCAAUUUUUUAGAUCUUAACCGGCCGUCUUUACACAAUGCGAAGACACCCAGGGAGCACCAUCGUAGAUAUAGUUAAUUAUUUUAACCAUGGUAGCAUUUAACCCCAACUGUUUUUGUUGACGAACCAUUGUCAACUACAUAACAAGCUGAAAACAACUCCACAAUGGAUGGUUACAAAAACACACUAAUAUCCAACAGUCAUUUGACCAUAUGCCAUAUUCUCUCAGAGCCACUGUGUGGGAAUUUCUUGCGUAAAAAGAAAUCAAAUAGCCGAGACAGACACGACAAUGAGGAAUGAGAUAUUGUGUUGUUGAAAAUUGCAGGAAAAUUGUAGUCAAUAGUUGACAAAUCAUGUCGAGUUGUCUUGCUGUGUUUUGAGUGGUCG